AUGAUUACUGUGGAAGAAAUGCCACCAGCGCACCAACACGACUACUAUCGCGAGCAGGCUCACAGCCGCGAAGACCACAAUACCUAUGAUCAAGUAUCGCCCCAGGAAACAACGGAUCACCCUUCUCAGUCUCUAAUAGAAAAUGGCUCCAAAGGGUGUCCCCAAUAUGAUGUCUCCAGGAGAGACGUCGGCGACUCGACUGGCGCAUUCAUGAUGGAGCCCCUGGAUGCGGAUAGCCGACACGCUUUGGGUCAACCAAACCAGGCCUGCACUUGCGCGAAUAAGCCCCGGCAAAAUAACACAAAAUACCGGAUUAAACUGAUUGCGGGUUUGGUGCUGCCGUAUUUCUUGGCAUCGUUGGACUUGACCGUCGUCGCGACAGCAUUGCCCUUUAUCGCCUCCCAUUUUGACAAGUUUGACCAGCUCAAUUGGAUAGUCACCGCCUACACCCUCACUUCGACGGCGUUCAUUCCCUUCUAUGGCCAGUUUGCGGAUGUCUUUGGCCGACACAUUUCGUUACAGGUAGCCAUAUUCUUUACAGUAAUUGGCAGUGUUCUCUGUGCCGCUGCUCAGUCCUGGAGCAUGCUCCUACUGGGCCGCGCGUUGCAGGGGCUGUCCUCGGCUGGCUUGAACAGCAUCAUUCUUGUCAUCUUAGCUGAUAAAGUUACGCUGGAAGAGAACGCAAAGAACAACACUCUUUUUACCAUCGUGUCUGGUAGCACGUAUGCUAUAGGUCCGCUGAUUGGUGGAUAUUUGACAGACGCAAACUGGAGAUAUGUCUUUGUAAUUGCCAUCCCAAUUGCUGUAGCGUCCCACGUCCUUCUCUUCUUCAUUCUGCGGAACGAGCUGCUAGAGGGCACCCACUUCCACAAGGGCUCUAAGUGGUCUGCCAUCUUCCCAGCAUUGGCAACUCUUGAUAUCGGUGGCGUCAUUCUAUUCAUCUUCGCUGUCGGCCUCAUCAUUCUCGGCACUUCCUGGGGAGGGAGUACUUUCCCAUGGGACUCCGUACAGGUUCUAGCUCCCAUUAUCGUCGGGGGCGCUCUGCUGCCCAUGUUCGUUCUCUACGAAUUCCUUUUGGGAGAUGGUAGGAUACUAGCACGGCUGUUUCCACACCAGUCACCUAUGCUGCCUUUGGAUCUCUUCUCUCGAAAAGAUACACUAGUUAUAGCUGUGAUUCAGUUCUCUGCUGGAGCUGCUAUGUAUGCCGUGUUUUAUUUCGUGGGAAUCUAUUUCACACUGGUCGAGGGCAAACCCGCCUCCAGCGCAGGCAUUCAGUUACUAUACUACAUUCCAGGAAUCGCAGCUGGCGUUUAUGCAGCAAUGUACUUGUGUAACCGAUGGCCAGGCCAAACGUUUUGGCCGCUGCUCCUCGGCUCCGUCGAGGAAGCCGCCGGACUAGGCGCCUUGACCUGGGCCGUUUCCGCGAGCCGACCCAAUAUCGUCUCCGGCAUGAUGGUCUUAACAGGCGCCGGUACGGGCUCGCGCUUUAUGCCUGCUUCUCUGCAUGUUGCUGGAGUGUGGCCUGAGCGACUGGCACCAGCCAUGUCACUCAUGCGCUUUGCAAUGCCCUUUGGAGGUACUCUAGGGUUGACGAUCAUGAACGCCGUAUUCAACUCCAACGGAAAUAUUGGGAACAUCAUUGCUCAGGACAGCCAAUCGCUGGACGCCAUUACAAAACUACCCAGCGCUUUGCAGGCCGCUGUGAGGGAAGCAGGCCGCAAGGCAGUUGAAUGGGCCUUUAUUUCCAUUCUGCCGAUACUCGGGAUCAGUGUUCUUGCUUGCUUCGUUCUUGGUAAUGUCUGGAUCAAGCACAAGGUCAAGAAGGGUGAGGUUGCUAGCUCUACAUCUUCUGGUCAAGGCGAGAAACAAGAUACUAGAGCCAGCACGGUGGUCUAUGUCCCGUAUCUCUACGCUUUGCUAAAGGGAGUCGAUCGCUACAAGCACGAGUCAACAAGACUACCAGCGACGGAAAGACAUGCCAGCGCUAGUGGCGUAUAA